CAGACGCGUCGCGUUGAUUGCAGCGGUCUGCGUUUCCGUGUUGGUUAGCUGUGGGAGGAAUAGAAGAGUACACCGCGAGAAAUCUAACUGGAUUACGCUGUCCUGUCGCGAUUAAAAUGAAAAAGAAGUGACAUUCGACUUGCACUCCGUGUUUAGAAAAUGACCGUGGGAUUAUUACAUUCACUUGGGCAUGAAGACGGGAUGACAACAUUGCCUGACAUGUGAGAUAUCAGGAUAAAUACAACAACAGUGCGCUUGUGUGGCCACCUUCUGUUUAUGCAGAUUUGCCAUUGGAUUCCGCAUUUGCUGGCGGCGAUAUGAAGAAGUUUAAUAUCAGGAAGGUGUUGGACGGUUUGACUGCGGGGUCCUCCGCCUCCGCCGCGUCCCCUCAAACGGGGAACAGGGAGAACGACAUCAUUCCGGAGACCCUGCAGUCAGAGCACUUCCAGCUCUGCAAGACCUUGCGACAUGGCUUUCCUUACCAACCCUGUUCUAUGGCUUUUGACCCCGUACAGAAAAUACUGGCUAUUGGGACACAGAGUGGAGCCUUGAGACUAUUUGGCCGAGCAGGUGUGGAGUGUUACUGCCAGCAUGAGAGCGGAUCAGCCGUCAUCCAGCUACAGUUUCUCGUCAAUGAGGGGGCGCUGGUUAGCGCUUUGGCAGAUGACAGUAUUCAUUUAUGGAAUCUGCGGCAAAAGCUUCCAGCCAUCCUCCAUUCUCUUAAAUUUAACCGUGAGAGGAUCACGUUUUGCCAUUUGCCUUUUCAGAGUAAAUGGUUGUACGUGGGCACAGAAAGAGGCAAUAUUCACAUUGUCAAUGUGGAGUCCUUCACACUCUCAGGCUAUGUCAUCAUGUGGAACAAAGCCAUUGAACUUUCCUCAAAGACACACCCUGGGCCUGUGGUUCACAUCAGUGAUAACCCCAUGGAUGAAGGGAAACUUUUAAUUGGUUUCGAGUGUGGCAUAGUUGUGCUGUGGGACUUGAAAUCAAAGAAGGCUGACUACCGGUACAGCUAUGACGAGGCGAUCCACUCGGUGGCUUGGCAUCAUGAGGGGAAACAGUUUGUGUGCAGUCACUCAGAUGGCACACUUACCACAUGGAAUGUACGCAUCCCUGCCAAACCUGCACAGAUCAUUACACCACACGGGAAACAGCCCAAGGAUGGAAAGAAGCCUGAGCCCUGCAAACCCAUCUUGAAAGUGGAAUACAAAACAACCAGAGCAGGGGACCCUUUCAUGAUACUGUGUGGAGGUUUGUCAUAUGAUACAGUGGGUAGGCGGGCCUGUCUGACUGUGAUGCAUGGGAAAAGCACUGCGGUGUUGGAGAUGGACUACCCCAUAGUGGAUUUCCUUACGCUGUGUGAAACCCCGUAUCCAAGUGAUUUCCAGGAGCCUUAUGCUGUUGUUGUCCUGCUGGAGAAGGAUUUAGUUGUUAUUGACCUUGCACAAAUUGGGUAUCCGAUCUUUGAGAAUCCCUAUCCUCUGUCCAUUCACGAGUCUCCGGUGACCUGCUGCGAAUAUUUUGCGGACUGUCCAGCUGAAGUGAUUCCUGCACUUUACUCCGUAGGCUCCAGACAGAAGAGACAGGUCUUCAGCAAGAAGGAAUGGCCUAUAAGUGGAGGUAACUGGGGUCAGGGAACACUAAGUUACACAGAGAUAAUCAUAACUGGACAUGCUGAUGGAUCGAUCAAGUUUUGGGAUGCCUCAGCAUUAAUGCUGCAGGUGCUGUAUAAACUGAAAACAGCGAAGGUCUUUGAGAAGCCUCGCAGUAAAGAGGAGAAAUCCAGCACUGAUAUCGUGGAUGAAGAUCCAUUUGCUAUCCAGAUCCUGUCCUGGUGUCCAGAGAGCCGUGUUCUGUGUGUGGCUGGAGUAUCAGCUCAUGUCAUUGUGUACAGGUUCAGCAAACAGGAAGUCACCACUGAAGUGGUUCAACUGUUGGAGGUGCGUAUGCAGUGUGAGCUGAAUGAAGUGGAGUCUCCGGAGGGUGGAGGGGAGCAGACAUCAGCCGUUUCCACCCCAGGAACCUGCUCCAGCCCUCAGAGCAGCCUGCCUCAGUCUCACCCCUCCACCAGCAGCAACAACUCCUCUGACGGCCUGCGAGAUAAUGUCCCUUGUCUCAAGGUUAGAAGUUCCCCCCUCAAACAGUCUCAAGGAUACCAGGUGGAGCUGGUAAUUCAGCUGGUUUGGGUUAGCGGGGAGCCACCACAACCGAUCACCAGCCUGGCCGUCAACUCCGCGUAUGGCCUAGUUGUUUUGGGCAAUGGUAACGGACUUGCAGUGGUGGAUUACCUUCAGAAAACUCUGCUUUUGAAUGUGAGCACAGCUGAGCUGUACGGCUCGACAGACCCUCAUCACAGACAACCCCGCUCGCCCCGCAAAACCAGACAGCCCUCUGCAGGUUUGUGUGACAGUAAUGAUAGUUCUGCCACCCCAGAGGACAGAUGCAAAUCACCAACUUCAGACAAUGUUGCCCCUGUCGGCUCCGGUUCACCAUGCAAUUCUGAUGAAGACAGCAAACAAAAUUUUAUUGACAAGGUGAAGUCCAAAAGCAGGCGGAUAUCCAAGACUGUUGUCAAUGACUUUGCAAAGAUAUCCCGGAAAAUUAGCAUGAUUGGUGAUCUGAAAGAUGACGCCAGGGACAACUCGUUCAGCCGCUCGCGCAGCUCCAGUGUGACCAGCAUCGACAGGGAGUCUCGUGAGGUAAUUUCCUCUUCCUUCUUUUGUGACUCUCUGUCCAAGAAGAGUGAGAUGGUGGCAGUGCCCAGCCUGUGGUUUGGCACCUCUAUGGGCAGCAUGCUGGCCAUCGCCCUCACUGUGCCCUCCACACCCGAACAGAGGAUGCAACAGCCUGUGGGCGUCUCUUUAUGUGGAUGUGUAGUGCGUUUGAAGGGAGCUAUCCUGCGCAUGGCCCAGCUGGACGCCAGCGGCACUCUUCUGCCCCACAUUUAUGAGUCCUGGUACGAGCCCAACGCCCCAGAGGAAGAGAGAGAACAGACACGAAAACGCCGACCAACCUCCCCUCAAUCUUCACAGGAGAACCCAGAAUGUCAGUACGCUGUGGUCUGCUCUGAGAAACAGGCCAAAGUGGUGACCCUGCCCUCCCAAAACUGCAUCUAUGAGCACAACAUCACAGAAACGUCUUUUGUACUCAGAGCUGAUGUGGUGAUGAUGAACGCAGGGGUCUGCAUCGCCUGCUUCUGUGCCAACGGUCACAUCAUGACCCUCAGUUUGCCCAGUCUGCGGCCACUGCUGGAUAUCAACUACCUUCCGCUGACAGACAUGAGGAUAGCCAGAACCUUCUGUUUCUCCAACCAGGGUCAGGCCCUGUACCUCACAUCUCCCACUGAGAUCCAAAGACUCACUUACAGCCAAGAAACCUGUGACAACCUGCAGGAGAUGCUUGGAGAGCUGUUUACCCCAGUGGAGACCCCAGAGGCUCCAAACAGAGGGUUUUUCAAGGGCUUAUUUGGAGGUGGAGCACAGUCCUUGGACAGAGAGGAUCUAUUUGGAGAGAUGGUGGCUGGUAAGCCUUCACGUAGCCUGGCACAGCACAUCCCUGGACCAGGUGGUAUGGAGGGCAUGAAGGGGGCUGCGUCAGGUGUGGUGGGAGAGUUGGCGCGGGCUAGGAUAGCUCUGGAUGAGAGAGGACAGAAACUUGGUGAUCUGGAGGAGAGAACAGCAGCCAUGAUGUCCAGCGCAGACUCGUUCUCGAAACAUGCACAUGAUAUGAUGUUGAAAUACAAAGACAAGAAAUGGUACCAGCUCUGAGGUUCAUGCAAGCAGUCAGCAGACCUUCAUGUGAAGACAGCAGAUCCAUCAUCACUCCUCCAUUUCUUCUUUCUCUUCCUGUAUCUUUCGCUCUCUGAUGUACCAUGACUGCCUCUCUCGCCCAGCACAACGCCACUCUCUGUUACCUCAAGCCGAGGUGCUACGGAAAGCCAGAGGAGACAGUCUCCUUCCCUUCUCAGUGGCGGUUGAGUUUCCUCUCCUUCAAAUGAAGCUGUGUAUCUUGUCCUGGGAGAGGAGACCCAACAUUGAAGUGUUGUACCCUCAUCAGCCAUGCUGUCAUUUCACUGCCAUUCUAUCAGCAAAUAAACUACAAAACAAAGCCUUGUGGGAAAGGAAACUGAAGGAAAUGGAUCAGAGGGAUGUACAGUUGACAAAUGGACCCCUGAAGUCUGCAGCGUUGCCAAGCAUAAUGCUUCUGAUAAUCGGUCACUUGGGCAAGAGUAGAUUGCAUGUCCAGUGAUUUAAUUUAUGAAAUUAGCAUCAAGGUUUUUCUUGUUUUAGACAUCUGGGGGAAUCUCACAAAAACAAGUCCAGGUCAAGUUUGACCCCAAAAUCAAAAUAGUAAAAAUGAAGCCAAUUUUUUGCAUUGUGAUUAUUAUUAUUAUUAUUAUUAUUAUUAUUAUUAUUAUUAUUGACAGUUAACCACAAUCCACAUAACCAAAACCACAAGCAUUUUGAGGUAGUUUUUUUUUUUUUUUUUUUUUCAAUCCUCAUUGUUCUCAAUGGUGAUUCCCAUUACAGCAAUGCAGUUACAUUUUUACUGGGAUUACAAUGUUAGUCUAAAUCAGCAUAAAUAAAAGGCAGACUACCAUUAGUAAACAAAUACUACCAUGAUCGGUAAAACUCUCUUUAAGCCCAUAUUUAUAAUGCAUUAAUAAUGCCUUUAUAAUGCCUCAUAAUACACCUUUUGAUAUGUUAUAACUUCUCACAAAUAAUUAAACCACAAUUAUAGUCCAUUAAUAUACCUAACUAUUCAUAAUUACACCUUAGAGUAAAAUGCAUGAAAACACAAUCAACAUCCAUUUUUAUCUGCAUAAGUUUAUAUUUUUGUGUUUUAUAUAUUAUGUAUUCUUUAAGUAAAGUGACAAAAGCAAUGUUUUAUAAACAUCGAUGAGAUAUUUUUAAGUGGUAAUAAGACAUUACAAGUCAAGCUUGUAAAAUACAAAGGAACACCUUCAAUGCAAAACACAUCCAAGAAUAAAAAAAAAUGAAAUUGAUUCUAUAGUGGAAUCUAUUCAAUAAACCUUAAUGUAUGUGCAUCUUAUUUGAAGACUUAUUUUUAUAUAACUUCCAUUAAGUUUGAUUUGUAAUGUAUUGUAUGUUAUAAGUUUAUGGUAUGGGUUUGUAUUAGAAGACAUUGCUUUUGUAACUUAAAGCAAGCAAAGACCACUUAUAAUGGCAUAUGAUCACGUCAUAAAGCCAGUUUAAACUAUGCAUUAUGUUACAUUUAUAUGAUUAACUUCAUUAACUUCUGCUGAUAAAAUUGGAUGUUGAUUGUGUUAAAAUGCAUUGUACUCUUUAAGGUAUAACUAUGAAUAGGUUAUGUAUUGUAUUAUAAUUGCAGUAACAAUUAUUUAUGGGAAAUUAUAACAUAUUAAAAGGUGUAUUAUGAGAAAUGAAUUUAUUAUGCCUCUACAAUGCAUUAUAAAUAUUGGCUUCAGAGAAAGUGUUAAACCGUGAUCUGUAAAUACUUUACAAAUUAAAUAAUAGCAUUUUUGUUUUGCAUUACAUUAAUUAGAAUUUAGGGCAGAAAUGUUCUUAAUUGUGAUUAAAGUAACGUCACAAUGUAAAAAAAAAAAUUAUUGGUCAGAAAAAUAGGCUUCCUUAAGCAAAAAAAAAAAAAAAAAAAAAAAAAUUGGGUAAAAUAUGACCUUGACAUGAGAUUUCAUGAGAUUCACCCAUAAAUCAUGUUAGCUAUAGAAAAGGCCGGAUUGUCUUACAUAAGGUGUACUAUUUCAUUUCACAUCUAAAGGGCUGGAAGUUGCUAUAUUUACCACAUAAUUAUUUUGCCAUAGAAAUUGCAGACAGGCCGGGGGGCAGUGAAGCUGGUCUGAUCAUGCAUCAUUUUAAUUGUCCUUAUGUUUAAAGGACAAGUUGGUUUACACUGACCAGGUCUUAAAAGAGCUUUUAGAAACUCUGAGUUCAAUGUACUCUAUACCCUGUGUUAACACUGGAGAAAAAUAGGAAUAAAAUAAAAAAAUAUAUAUAAAAGAUGUCAGGUAAGAAUGUGUGAAUCUCACAAAAACAUAUUUCACCACAUAAUAAUAAUAAUAAUAAUAAUAAUAAUAAUAAAUUGCAUUAAGAGAAUGAAACCUAAUUUUGAGAACAUACAUUUAUUUAAUUUUUUUGCAUUGACAUUAUUUUCAUGACAACUAAGCACAUUUCCGUGCAAGUUCUAAUUACCAUAAUAUGAAGAUAUGACCAGACCGUAAUAUGACCAAUACAUUUAAAAAAUAAUAAAUUAUGUUUUGCACAAAGAUAAGUCUAUUUGAGGACCUUUCAUACAUACAUACAUGCAUACAUACACACAUUAUAUAUAUAUAUAUAUAUAUAUAUAAAACAUUUUUUUGCAUUAUAACAUUAAGCACAUUUCACUGCAAGUUCUCAUUAAUGUAAUACAAAAAAUUACUAGACCGUAAUAUGAUCAAAAAAAAUAAAAGAAUAAUAUAUAUUUUGCAGAAAGAAAAUUAAGCAUUCUUAGGACUGUUAUAUCAUUAUUUUCAUGACAAUAAUACACUUUGUUUUUACAAAAAAACAAAAAGAAAGCUCAUUACCGUAAUGCUUCUGCAUGUUUAACUUUAACGUUUUUGUAUUUCUCAUUAUUUUCAGUGAUGAUCCUCAAUACAGUUAUACUAUGAUACAAUGUAUUUUUUUUUUUUUUUAUCAGCAUACAGUAAAUAAAACAGUUCAAUAAAUACCAUCAUGAUGUAUACAGUAAAUACUUCACAAUUUAAAUAACAUAUCUUUUUCAUAUUUUUUUCCAUUGUGGUAAUGAAUUUAGGGGAGAAAUGUGAAAAAAAAAAGGCUCCAUUUCCUUUAAAGUCAAAUGUAAUUUCUAGAUAUAUAUUUUUUUCUCCAUUAUGUGAUGAAAUAAGACCCAUACAUGAUCCUAUUGGUUUUGUGAGAUUCAUUCGGGUAUAUACAGUUUAUAACUGCUGAAUAUUUGUUGGUUAUAUACAAACAGAUCUGAAACAGUGGAAAUUAUUUUUGCUCUAAACGAGCUUUUGUUAUUUAUAUCAUGAGGAACGCAAGUGAAAAUGUGGAAGUGUGAGGCAUGACUUACAUUAUGUGCCUUGUUGUUGGUUGACAUGUAAGAAACCUGUCCGCCAUCCAAUGAGCUCUUAGGGGUGGGACACCAGUGGAAUGUGCCGAUAGUACUGGUUCUUCAUAUGCAAAACAGUUUCUGCCUACCUGUUUCACAUGAUGCUACAGCUCCUGGACGAGGAAAUCUUAAAGCCACAGUGUCUGCCGGCUUUAAGGGACUCGCAACCUGAGACUGCAUAACAAACCAGGUUACUUCCUCCUCAACUGAGUGUGACUGUUGUCAUCUGGAGUAAAUAACAAAUGGAUUUCUCCUAUACUCAUGUCCAUGUAUUUUCUAAGAAGUCUGUUCUAUGGACUAAUGCAUGAGUUUCUCAUCCCUCACACAGAGUUGAAUAUAGUGGUCUCAGUCUGUGUUUGUUGCUGCAGUGGAUGUGACCACAUAAUGUUCAAUGCAACUUCAUACUAUUGGUCAGCACCCCCUGAUCUGUCUUCAAGGUGGGGAGUUAUAUUUUGCCUUUGCUUUGCGACCCAUGAAUAUAUGCUAACCUCGACUUGUGUGUGUUUGUGAACAUACAUGUAUGCAAGAAUAUGUGUAUGCUCACAUGUUUAUAUAAACUAAAGAUACAAUAUUUCUGAAAGCAUA